AUGAUUAUCGCGAAAGCUGAGGCGCAGUCGGUUUCGCCACGCUUUCAGCCACCACAGCAUUUCUCAACCAUCCUUUUCGUCCUUUUCGUCCUUCCCAACGUCUUUCGCAUCCCACAACGCACAUUUUUCGUCACACAGCUCCCAGCCAACAUCCUGGAGGCCUUCAUUCCCGGUUACUCUAUCAUCUCAAAAUUCUUGCUAGAUUCUUUGGGCUUCGACAUCACCUUACUCGUCUCUGUGUGCUUCCUCAUAUUCGGAUUGGCUACAUCCCUCAAAUUUGCUUGGAAACACACUUCCGAACAGUUCAAUGAGUACUUCAUGAGCUACAUCAGGAUCGAUUCCGACGACGACAUUUACGACCACGUUAUGGAAUGGAUUAGGGUUCAGAAUGUCUCAAAAAACUCCCGCAAGCUGAUGGCCAAGACCGGACGGGAAAAUGCUUGGGAUCUGGUCGACGGCGACAUGGGAGUGCCUGAGCUCGACCCCAGCAAACUCGUGAACUUCAGCAAUUGGGAUGCCAAAGUUCCCCCAAGGUUUCAGCCCUCAUUUGGAAUUCACCGUUUCUUCCACAACGGAAGGUUGUUCCAGCUGACGCGUGAGAACAAACACGUGAUGCGCGAUGGUUGGGGAGGGAGUUCGCUGCGAGACGAAGAGAACAUCACGUUGACUUGUGUCGGGCGCUCGACGAAGCCAAUCAAAGAUCUCAUCAAAGUAGCCCGGGACCAUUACUUGGACAAGGAAAAGUCCUGUACUGUUGUCCGUAGGCCGUGUCCCAAGGAACAGAGGGGCAGAGGUCGUACACUAUGGAUGAAGGUUGCUACUCGACCUUCCAGACCGAUUGAGACCGUGGUAUUGGAUCAUGAGCAGAAGAACCGGGUGCUUGUCGACAUCAAUGAAUAUUUACAUCCAUCUACGCCUCGAUGGUAUGCUAACCGAGGCAUUCCAUACAGGCGAGGCUACUUAUUCCACGGUCCCCCAGGGACUGGUAAGUCCAGCCUUGCCUGGGCCAUUGCAGGGGUCUUUGGCCUAGACAUCUACUGCAUCUCCCUCGUGGAUCCCACACUGACGGAAGAGGACCUUGGCAUGAUGUUUACUAGCUUACCACGAAGAUGUGUCGUUCUCCUGGAAGACAUUGACAGCGCCGGUCUAAGCAAGCGUCAAGAGGAGGAGAAAGUCGAGAAGCUCAAGCCAGAAGACGAAGCCGCCGCCAAGAUUGGCGCCGAAAUUACCAGAGCCAUCAAAUCUGUACAGAAAGAUGGAAAGAACAACAAGGAGAAUCAAGGCAUCUCUCUCUCGGGACUGCUGAACGCCAUCGAUGGAGUCGCCUCUCACGAAGGCAGAGUUCUCCUCAUGACGACAAACUUUCCGGACAAGCUCGACGAAGCCCUCAUUCGCCCUGGUCGAGUGGACAUGAAGGUCAAGUUCACGAAUGCUACUCGAUCCCAAAUCUGCGAGCUCUUCACUCGCAUGUAUACUCCCGAUACGCCUGCCAGCCUGGCCCCGGAGCAGAUCAGGCUCGGUCCUGUACCUAGGGCAAACGGAACUCUUCACCAAGCUACCCUUAAUGGUAGUCUUCUGCAGCCAAAAUCCGCAAAGAUCGAAGACGUCAUGACGCCUCCAGAAAGCCCUAAACAAGCCAAUACACCCACAACGACAUUCUCGCCCUCAAGUAUUGAAGAGAUUGCAGUUCAGUUCGCGGACCGCCUGCCAGAAGGCAAAUUCACGCCUGCUGAGGUCCAAGGCUUCCUUUUGACCAGAAAGAAGGAACCUAUGAACGCCCUGGAGGAGGUCGAGGCUUGGAGGGAUGGAGUGCUGGAGGCUAGGGAAAGGAAGAGCAUGAGCAAGAAGGAGCACCAACACGUCCCCAACCACAAGAUGUCUUCAAUCAUGACCAUUCUCUCCUUCUCGGCCCUCGCCCUUUUCGCCUCCACAGCCCAGGGUCACAUGGUCAUGGCCACGCCUCCGCCAUACGGCAGUCCCGACAAUAGUCCCCUCAAUGCCGAUGGUUCAAACUUCCCGUGCAAAGCCACGAGCAACUCUGGUGGAACAGUCACCAGUAUGGCUAUCGGUGCCUCACAGAAGCUCUCUUUCUUGGGUGAGUCAGUCCAUGGUGGUGGUUCGUGUCAAGUUUCUCUUACCACGGACACGCCUGCAACGAAGAGCUCUAAGUGGAUGGUUAUCCAUUCAAUCGAAGGAGGUUGUCCGGCUAGAAAUCAGGCGGGUAAUAUUGGAGCAGAUAGUUCCGCCUCCGCUCCUGACCCGGACACAUACGAUUUUUCUAUUCCUGCAGGUAUUACUCCUGGCGCCUACACCCUUGCAUGGACUUGGUUCAACAAGGUGGGUAAUCGUGAGAUGUACAUGAAUUGUGCCUCCAUCAAGGUCACUGGGGCUUCAAGCAAGAGAGAGACUUCUCUCAACGAGACGGAGGAGUACGCAAUUCCCGAGCUUGCCGGACGUGCAACGGCUUCAUUCCCUGACAUGUUCGUCGCAAACAUCCCGGUCACGGACUGCACGACGGCCGAAGCAACAGAUGUGAAAUUUCCAUCUCCUGGUUCGUCGGUCGAAAUGGCCAGCGCCAAUAAGGCCGACGUCUUGACUCCUCCGACUGGGCCCAAGUGUGGAGCAUCUGGCAGCUCGUCAAGCGCUUCCUCAGACACUCAAGCUUCCAAUGCGGGUAGCUCUGGAGCUUCAGGCGCCGCUGCACCUGCAUCAUCUCCAGCAGCCUCUGCACCUGCCGCAGCACCCUCGAUGUCUGCUGCUGCUCCCGCUGUCGCUGCCUCUCCCUCCGUGGCUGCUGCUGCUCCCUCUGUUGCCGCCUCUCCCUCCGUGGCUGCCGUUGCUCCCUCCGCCGCCGCACCCGCUUCCCCAUCUUCCGCCGCCGGUUCAGCUCCUGCAGCUGUUGGCAGCUCAUCUGGCUCGAGCGCUGCACCAGCUUCUGCCUCGGGCACGGCAUCGACUGGCUCCUCUACCGGCUCUUGCGCCACUCCUGGCCAGUCAGUCUGCUCGCCCGACGGAUUACAGAUCGGGACGUGCACGACACAAUCUACAGUAACCUGGAUACCUGUGGCGGCUGGUACAAAGUGCGUUGGCGGGUACAUGGUCGCCGCAAAGGGCAAGCGUAGCGCCAAAUUUUUGAGCGGCUACUUCUUCUGA